UUAACAAAAAAACAAAACUUACAAAUUCCAAGUGAAUGCAUUUUACUGCUUUAAUUUCAUUAGCUAAUUAAGUUUUGAAGCCAUGGCGCGUUCCAAUGAUUACGGCGAUGGUUUUUUGAAGCGCGAGAAGAACCACCAGGAGGUUGUCGAAAAUGUAAUUGGCGAGCUGAAGAAAAUAUAUAGAAGCAAAUUGUUGCCACUGGAGGAACACUAUCAGUUCCAUGACUUUCACUCGCCAAAGCUGGAAGAUCCGGACUUCGAUGCCAAACCCAUGAUACUGCUGGUUGGUCAGUAUUCGACAGGCAAAACGACGUUCAUACGUUAUUUGCUGGAACGCGAUUUUCCGGGCAUUCGCAUUGGUCCAGAACCGACGACAGAUCGUUUUAUUGCCGUAAUGUAUGAUGAAAAGGAGGGCGUCAUUCCCGGUAAUGCGCUGGUCGUGGAUCCGAAAAAACAAUUCCGCCCACUCUCUAAGUACGGCAAUGCGUUUCUGAAUCGCUUCCAGUGCUCCAGCGUUGGGUCUCCUGUGCUGCAGGCUAUCUCAAUUGUGGACACACCCGGUAUAUUGUCGGGCGAGAAGCAGCGCAUUGAUCGUGGCUACGACUUCACCGGCGUGCUUGAAUGGUUUGCAGAGCGCGUUGACCGCAUCAUACUGCUUUUCGAUGCCCACAAAUUGGACAUAUCCGAUGAGUUCCGACGGUCGAUUGAGGCGCUUAAGGGUCAUGAUGACAAGAUCCGCAUUAUUCUUAAUAAGGCCGACAUGAUUGAUCAUCAGCAGCUGAUGCGCGUCUAUGGUGCUCUCAUGUGGUCCUUGGGAAAAGUUCUGCAAACGCCGGAGGUGGCACGCGUCUAUAUCGGCUCGUUCUGGGAUCAGCCUCUGCGCUUCGACGCCAAUCGUCGACUCUUUGAGGAUGAGGAGCAAGAUCUGUUCCGCGAUCUGCAAUCACUGCCACGCAACGCCGCGUUGCGCAAACUCAACGAUCUGAUCAAGCGUGCACGCCUGGCCAAGGUGCAUGCGUUCAUAAUUGCUGAAUUACGCAAAGACAUGCCCUCUGUAUUCGGCAAAGACAGCAAAAAGAAGGACCUGAUUAAGAAUCUUGGUCAGGUGUACGAUCGCAUUCAGCGCGAACAUUCAAUAUCGCCAGGCGAUUUCCCGGAUAUCAAAAAAAUGCAAGAGGUGCUACAGCACCAGGACUUCACCAAGUUUCAUUCGCUGAAACCACAUCUGCUGGACAUUGUGGACAAUAUGUUGGCAAAGGAUAUUGCACGGCUGAUGGAAAUGAUACCGCAGGAGGAAUCGAUGCUCGUUUCCGAGGCGGUUGUGAAGGGUGGUGCCUUCGAGGGUGUCAUCGACGACCACGUCUCACCAUUCGGAUACAUGAAGGGCGAGGGCAUCGAUGCUGGUUAUGGUGAGCACGAUUGGAUAUGCAAUAAGGAGAAACCCCAAACAGAUAUUAUCUUCAAUGGACUGCAUCCGAUCGAUGGCAAAAUAUCGGGCGCAACUGCCAAACAGGAGCUCAUCAAAUCGAAACUGCCGAACUCGGUGCUUAGCAAAAUCUGGAAACUCUCCGAUGUCGAUGGUGAUGGUUUUCUCGAUUCCGACGAAUUCGCGCUGGCAUUGCACUUAAUCAAUGUCAAACUGGAUGGCUGUGAGCUGCCUACUGUGCUGCCCGAACAUUUAGUACCACCGUCAAAGCGUUGCUGAGCAAAACCACACAUACAUAUGUUCUGAUUCCGUAUAUAGAUCACUGUAUAAGACAGACAGACAGUACAGACACUGACACUCAAACCUUUAGGGUCUUCACAAAACAAUCUGUUGUGCUCUGUUCUUUUGUUUAAUUGUAAUUCAACGCAACUAACUUCUGUUAUUUUGUUCGUCAUACGAUACAACCAGUUUGGAGCAUCGAAAGCAUUGUAAUAUAAAGUAUCAACACGCAAAGAAAUUCACGGAAUUUACACAAAACAUAUUUUUGGAUACCAAUCAAUUUUAAAUUGUAUAAAAGAAAGCUACCUAUAUUUAACGAAAACAUAGUGGAAUUAUAAACACUGGACUGUAUAUGCGCCGCCUAGACACCCAAUGAAUGUCGUUGUUGAUGUAAGACAAAAGUAAAAAAAAAGAAUUGUUAGGAAUUAAAGGCAACUGUUGCCCGAUGAUUUGAAAGUGAAUGAAGUAAAAACGUAUACAAUAAUUAAGUUAAAUAAAAACAAAACUAUGCACAAUGCAUGCCACAAGUUGUGCAAUUUGAUA